CACGUCCAGUGACAAUUUCAAAAAAAAAAAGAAAAAAAAAAAAGAGAAGAAAACCCUUUUAUUUUGUUGAGUUGGCUCGGUUUUUAGUCAUUCAAUGAAAUUAUAUCCUUCCAAAGUAACUCAAUCUAUGCCACAAAUUUUUCUACGAGAGACAAAACACAGGAAAACUUCAGUAACCAUAUCUUCAUUUAUCCUUCACAGAUUCUUUCCUCUGCUUCGUGAAUCCCCAAAUAACAGCAUGAACAUAUACGAGCUGAAAGAAACGAGUAACAGAAUAAAACAUAAGUUAAACUCUCCCCAUUGCAGCUAGUGUAAUAAAUUCAUGGUGGCUCUAAACCUCCAAGCUUUCCACUUUAGAGCACCUCGCCGAGGUCCUUGUUUGCAAAGAUGCAGCCCAAGAAUUUUUAUUAGAUGUAGGAUCGCAGAGCCCUCCGGAGAACCAGCUCCAUUGGGACAGAAAACAAAGUACACUGAUGGUUUGUUUGAGAAGGUAUUCAUGUCUCUUUUUGCCAGAAAGAUGGAGAAGUUUGCAGCUCCAGUCAAAAAUGGGAACGAUAGUAAGAAGAAAGGUUGGCUUGAUUCUGAUUAUGAGACUUUUGUUGAUGUUUCAAGGAGAGUAAUGCAAGGAAGGAACCGCUUACAGCAGCAAGAAGUUGUUCGUGAAGUCCUCUUGUCCAUGUUACCUCCAGGUGCCCCUGAACAGUUUAAGAAAUUGUUUCCACCAACAAGAUGGGCUGCAGAAUUCAAUGCGGCAUUGACAGUACCUUUCUUUCAGUGGUUGGUUGGCCCUUCUGAGGUUAUAGAAGUGGAGGUAAAUGGGGUGAAGCAAAAAAGUGGAGUUCGUAUAAAGAAGUGCAGGUACCUUGAGAAUAGUGGGUGUGUAGGGAUGUGUGUGAAUAUGUGCAAAAUCCCAACUCAAGAUUUCUUCACCAAUGAAUUUGGACUUCCACUAACCAUGAUCCCUAAUUUUGAAGAUAUGAGCUGUGAAAUGGUUUAUGGACAAGCUCCACCUCCAUUUGAUGAGGAUCCAGCAUCUAAACAGCCCUGUUAUGCAGAUAUUUGUGCUGUGGCAAAUCCCAACUCCAGCAUUUGUCAUAAGCUACAAGCUUGAAAAGAUGUCGCAUCUUGCUAGGCUCCAUAUGUAGUAAAAAUGAAAAAAGAAAAAAUGCACAACUCUCAAGUCUCAACACCAUCCAUGGUUCUAUCAUUCUCCAACACAACUAUACAUCAAUUUAAUCAAUAAUACAGUUCUAAAUAGCAAUAGAGUACCACUUAUAUCAGUUUUGUUUUGUAUAGAAGCCUCUUACCAACUAUUGGUGCUGAAAGUGUAAUAAUAACAACCAGUGGAUUGGAUCAAAUGAAUAAUAUAGAUUCUUUUUUGGGAA